UAUGAAAGUUGGGGAGGUGGUCAUAAGAGUGGAGCUAAGGUCAGAUAAUUGUUUCUGAGGAACCGUAAGUCUGAACAAGCUAAAAAAAAAAAAAAAAAAACAUGGCUGCCACUGGCCAAUCAGCUUUCAGUAGGAAUUGAGCUAUUGACACGAAACUUAUGGUAAGUUCCUGUUGGGACCCACUUGAAAAGGAAGCAAACUGGCCACUGGGGGAUGCUAUUCAUGUUUUUGGACACUAAAAGAAGCAAAAUAAGGUGCACUAUAAAUCUUUUUAAUUAUCCUGAUUCUGUGGUUGAAAGUACACAAUUUUGCCAUUUGGACCAUUUAGUCCCACCCACUCUAAUUUAAGAUCAUUUGCAUAACAUGCUACACCUACUUUUACUUGUCCUAGGUUUUCAGCCCAAACUGCAAAAAAAAUGGUGUCAAAUUAUUCAGAAGAAUGUCAAACUUAAAAGUUAUCCAAAACAUUUAGAAAUUUGCAAACAAUAUGGCUGCCACAGGUCAAUCAAUAUGAUGAGGGGGAACCUCAUUUACAUAAAAAGUUGCAACUUAUGAGUUGAAGUUUGGGGCUUGGCCAUAAAUAGGGGCAGAGCUAAGGUGAGGUGUAACUGUAAGUUGCAUCGAGCUGAAAUUCGGUAUACUGCAUCUAUGUACGAAUGUGUAAAUGGAUUUUUGAUGAUGACCUAAUUAUUUAAACAAAAAUAUGACUGCCAUCAGCCAAUCAGAUUUAUGUAGGCAUUUGACUUUAGCUAUCCUCAUGAAACUUGAAUGGUAGGUUCAGGUUGUGACCCACUACUAUCUGAAACUAUCUCACUUAAACUGGCCAAUGGGGGAGCACUAUUUAUGCUUGUGCAUACAAAACCAUGCAUAUUUCUUGAAAAAUAAAGUAUACAGUGAAAAGUUUUUCUUAGAUAGUUUCUUUUGGUCAAACUUUUGGCUAAUCUUCACAGUCUUGAUGUCAAUAAUUAUCAAAAACAUGUUGACCUUUAUAAACAAUAUGGCUGCCAUACAGCAAUCAAUUCUAAGGAGGUGGAGACUACUGAAAGUCUGAUUGAGCUGAAAUUGUAACUGAAACUGAUAAUCUUUAAAUGGACUUUAAUUUCUAUUGGGUUAUGUAAAAAAUAUGGCUGCCUUCAGCCAAAUGGCUUUUAGCAACAUUUCGUACAAUUUCAGACAUUUCAUACUGUAUGUUCAUCUAUGUUGUCUGUAUUGUUCUGUGUAACUUGGCAAGAACUGGCCACCGGGAGAAAAAUCUGCUGAAGGUGCUUGGAACCCAAUAAUCACUGCUUGCAGCUAUAUUUUUAAAUUUUUUUUUUUUAAAGAAAGCCUGCACUUGCUUCUGCCUCAUGUUAUUUGACAGUGUUCAAAAUAACAAAUCAAAUGUUUGCCUCCAAAGAAAAAGAAAUUUGAUUUCAAAGUGUGUUCGCAUAUUUUAGUGGUAUGCCAUGAAAAAUACAUCAGUGAUAUUAGCGAAAUUCAAGAUUAAAGAUUUUUAUUUAUUAAAGAUUAAAGAAUAUUUUAUCACACAGUUAUAUACAGUAUAUGACUUGCAGUGAAAUGAAAACCUGGCCUACUCCUCUUUAGACUGUGCAUUUAAAUACUAAAUUAAAAAUUAAUUAAAUUAAAUUAAAAAAUUUGAAAUUUAGUUGAAAUUUGAAACAAUUAAAAGGAAUAAACACACGAAUCCUGAAGAUGAAAGAAUCAAUAAAACACUGGUUUCCCAACUAACAGAAAGGCCUAUCCUUUGUAUAUCAGGACCAUCCUGUGGCUUUGCAUAUUCAAAAUGUGAACAUGAUUUAAACAAGAUCACUAAGAAAACCCUUGCUUUUUACUCUGUUACUGAACACAGCAAGAACAGCUGGUCAUAUCCUUCUGCUGGAACUGGCAUUAUUAUUUUACUUUCUUUGUCACUCAAAGAUAAGCAUCUAUAUCUCAGAGAUGCCAGCAAAAAUGGGCACCUCAUCAUCAUCAAACAGCACUCAGGCAAGGGACUGGAACUACUACAACUGGUGCACAGAUUACCCCACUGCUAUGGUAAUCUCCUCAGCAAUAUCUGGGAUCUGUUUCCUCUUGGGAUUUCCAGCCAGUCUGUGGGUCCUACACGAGCUCCUCCAGAGGCAAAGACAAAGAUCCACCAGUGACGUCUUCAUGCUCAGUCUGGCUGUUAUUGAUCUGACUUUCACAGCUCAUAUCCCAUUCUCUGUUUGUAAUUUCAUGAUGUGGCAUAUUAAGGAGCUAGAAGUUCUUUUAGACUUUAUCUACGGCUUAAGCAUCAGUGGUAGACCUCUGUUUAUGGCUUGCAUUUGUUGGGACUGUUAUGUCGCUGUGGUUUACCCCAUAGUGUACAAAACCAGUAAGAACCUCGCUGUAAUUAAGAAGGCAAUCACACUAAUAAUGUAUUUCAUUAUAGCAGGUUGUGGAUUAGUUGAGGGCACUAUAAUAUGGUUAACUACAACUCCUUUUGCUGCCAUUCCUUUAAUCAUGGCACUACCAGUUAUUGCUUUCUGUGAUAUUUCCAUACUUCGAGCCUUGAGAAAACCAGAUCCAACAGGAAAGAACAACAUCCAUCCACAGAAGAAACAAGCUCUUCACACCAUCACUAACAGCUUCAUCAUGACAUUUGUUGUCUAUCUGCCACCAGCGAUCAUUUUCUCAUUCGGAAGGCUUAUGCCACUUGCAGAACCAGAACUCUUUUGUUGUUUAAACUGCUACGGAUUAUGUUUUGCCACUGCUGGAUGUUUCAUUAUGCCCAUUCUAUAUCUGAGCAGCAUGGGUAAGAUGGACACUUUUAAGAACUGGUGGAAGAAAUGAACUAAUAUCUGCCU